AUGGACACAGUCAAGGCAGCGAUUGAGCGGUGGAAGCCGAGUCUGGAGACGCGCGAGAGGCUAUGGGCCAUCAAGAGAAAGACGCCAGUCCUGAAGGACCUCCAUUACAACUUCAUCUGCCUGCAUUAUGCCUGGAUCAUCGGUGUGACACUCGUGGGAUCUAUCAUCUUAUACCCGGGGGGAAACAUGUCCUACGUUGAUGCGCUCUUUUUCGCCUCGGGCUCGGCAACACAGAGCGGGCUGAACACGAUUGACGUGAACAAGCUGUACACGUACCAGCAGGUGUGGCUGUGGAUGGGGUCUAUGAUAGCCAACCCAAUUGUCAUCCACUCGGCGGUCGUGUUUGUGCGACUGUACUGGUUUGAGCAGCGGUUCCAGCACGUUGUCCGGGAAGCGAAGGCGCUGAGAAGAUCACGGUCCCGGUCGAGAGCUCCGACGAGAGAGCCGGACGAUAACAACGACCUACACCGAGCAGAAGCUGGAGUGCGCGGACGUGACAUUGUAGUGCUUCGAAACACUGACGGCCAUGCACAGGGACGAUUCCUGGAUGCUCCCAAGAAGGAACCGGAGACGACCUCGGAGAGUGACUCGUCCAUCCAGCCUGCAGAAGGGCAAGGUGAGACAACAGCGGCCAACGGGACCGGACAGUCGACGAGCAAUACUUCCUCCAAGACGAACGAGACGCUGCUUGAACCGUCACAUUUCCCUGGUGAUGCCAGGAUACAGUGGUCUGUACCGCCUUCGGACAACGAACGGCACAUCACGUUCCUGGAGCACCAGAGACGACAGACCGGUGCGCUGCGCAUACCCAGUCCACGAGAGUACGACCGAGGUGGCAUGCCCGAGGCGCUGGACGAGACAGAUGGGGCAGACCUUGCUCGUAAUGCAACGGUUCAGUCAGACCCGCCGGCCGAACUGGCUGGAACGUCUCUGCCUACUUCCCCUGGCCCGAUCAACCAGCACAUCACCAUUGACGAGCCCAACAUUACUCGUACGCGCAAAGCCACGCACUCAAGGGGUGGCGAGCGUGAUCGAGACCGAGAUGGGGACGAAACGUCGACGAUCCGACGAGUAACGUCCCGCCGGUCCAUGGUGCCCAGCUUCAUGCGGUCUCGCACGCUGGAGCAGCUGCAGCAGGACGCUCCCUACCUGAGCUGGGAGCCGACGAUAGGACGCAACUCUGCGUUCGUGGACCUGUCUGAGACGCAGCGAGAGGAGCUGGGCGGGAUCGAGUACCGUGCACUCAAGACGCUGGCGAUCGUGCUGAUAGGCUACUUCUUCUUCUUCCACCUGCUGGGAAUCGUGUGCUUGAUACCCUGGAUCCUGAACACUCACUGGGGGGAGAUCGUGCGUGCCGCUGGCCAGGGCCGGCCAUGGUGGGCGGUGUUUUCAGCGGGUUCGGCGUUCAACGACCAGGGCUUCACGAUCACGCCGGACUCGAUGCUGUCGUUCUACGAUGCGGUUUUCCCGAUGCUGCUGAUGACGUUUUUGAUUCUGAUCGGCAACACUGGUUUCCCAUGCAUGCUUCGGUUUGUGAUUUGGUUUUUCAGCAUGAUUGUUCCCAAGGGCAGCGGGGUGUGGGAGGAGCUGAAGUUCCUGCUGGACCAUCCGCGACGAUGCUUCACGCUGCUGUUCCCUAGUUCAGCGAACUGGUGGCUGUUCUGGGUGCUGGUGCUGCUCAACGGCGUCGACCUGAUCUUCUUCGUCGUCCUCGACUUGAAUGACCCCGACGUGACUCGCAUCCCCGGCGGCAUCCGGUUCGUGGACGGGCUGUUCCAAGCGGCAGCCACUCGCACGGCCGGUCUAUCGGUAAUUGGGCUUACUACGCUUCACCCGGCGAUCCAGGUGUCGUACAUGAUAAUGAUGUACAUUUCCGUCUUCCCGAUCGCCAUCUCGGUCCGCCGCACCAACGUGUACGAAGAGCGCAGUUUGGGCAUCUACUCCGACCCGGACGAGUACAGCGAGAACGAAAAGGAGCCCAGCUUCGUGGGCGCUCACUUGCAGCGCCAACUCAGCUUCGACAUCUGGUACAUCUUCCUGGGCCUGUUUGUGAUCAGCAUCAUCGAGGGCACUCGACUGGACAACCCCAAGGACCUGGGCUUCUCGCUGUUUGCGGUGCUGUUUGAGGUGGUGUCUGCGUACGGUACGGUGGGCCUGUCGCUAGGCUAUCCAGACAGCAACACGAGUUUUUCAGCGCAGUUCCACACGCUCUCCAAGCUGGUGAUUAUUGCGAUGGAGAUCCGAGGACGACACCGUGGACUGCCGUAUGCGCUUGACCGGGCUGUGCUGCUCCCGUCUGAAUCGCUGCACCGGAAAGAGGAGGACGAUGCAUCGAAGCGGCUGAGGCGGAGGAGUUCGAAUGUGAGUGCCUUUUCCUCUGCGACGGGCCAGGCUUCGGGCCUGUUCAGGGACGAUGGAGGCCUCAUGGCGAGACUUCAGCAGCAGCAGCAGCAGCAGCAGCAGCCAUCGUCUUCUGGCGGAGGGGGAGUAGGAAGUUCCUCUGAUGCGCCGCCCCCUACGGCCUCUUCAGCCCGAGGCGCAAAACGCCUAUCUACCCACCAGGAGGCCGCUUAG